UAGGGUUUUAGUUUAUUUCCUUUUGAUAUAUAAACGUAGAGGAAGUGCCGCCGCAAAAGAAUCAGAAGUCGUCCUGCUCGCAACAAAAAAAAUGGCAAGAGGAUUGAAGAAGCAUCUGAAGAGGCUCAAUGCCCCCAAGCAUUGGGAUCUUGACAAACUUGGUGGUGCCUUCGCUCCCAAGCCCUCUUCUGGACCCCACAAGUCUAGAGAAUGCCUUCCUCUCGUCCUGAUCAUCAGGAACAAGUUGAAGUACGCUUUGACAUACCGUGAAGUCAUCUCCAUCUUGAUGCAAAGGCAUAUCCAAGUCGAUGGUAAAGUCAGGACUGACAAGACUUACCCUGCCGGCUUCAUGGAUGUUGUCUCCAUCCCCAAGACGAAUGAGAACUUCCGUCUUCUCUAUGACACCAAGGGACGUUUCCGUCUCCACUCCAUCAGGGAUGAGGAAGCUAAGUUCAAGCUUUGCAAGGUUAGGACGAUCCAGCUAGGGCAAAAGGGAAUCCCUUUCCUCAACACAUACGACGGUCGCACCAUCCGUUACCCCGACCCACUCAUCAAACCGAACGACACCAUCAAGCUCGACCUCGAGGAGAACAAGGUCGUGGACUUCAUCAAGUUCGACGUCGGCAACGUUGUGAUGGUGACUGGAGGGAGAAACAGAGGGCGUGUGGGUGUGAUUAAGAACCGUGAGAAGCAUAAGGGAAGCUUUGAGACGAUCCACAUUCAAGAUUCAACCGGACAUGAGUUUGCCACGAGGUUGGGCAAUGUGUUUACCUUGGGGAAAGGGACGAAGCCGUGGGUGUCUCUUCCGAAGGGGAAAGGUAUUAAGCUUACCAUCAUUGAGGAAGCUAGGAAGAGGCUCUCUGCUCAACAAGCUGCUUAAAAAAAAAUUAUUACCAAAGGAUGUUUCGUUUUACUACUCGCUACUUGUCUGUGUUUUGAGGUUUUUUUCCCCUUUCAUGUUGCUUGCAAAACUCUAUUACAAGACAGUUUAAGUUUCCAGUAGUGUGUUUUGUAUUGAAAUUUUAGUAAUUUUACUCUUUAAAUCUGUUGACUUGAUAUUAAAACCA